GAAAGGUCCAUGACAUUCAGAAAUAUGCCUGUUACAAACAGACAAAGUUUGAGCAUCUGACGAUGAAAUUCCUUAAUGCACUGUCACUAUCUUGCAUAAAGGUAACUGCAAAAAGAGAAAAAUAAAUAAAGGUAUUGAAUUUAUUGCUACUAUUCAAAGUUCUAACCAAUUGUCGACUGGAUUAGGCUACACAGUAUACUUGCAGGGGGAAAAUUUGUUUUUUUUUUUUAAGCUUAGAGAAAAGGGUAUGGUCCUUUUAACCUGCCAUAGCUAAUUGAUGCAAGGUUGAACCAGAAAUUCAUUCCAUGCCAGAUCAAGCGUACCCAAGUGCUCAAUUUUCCGAACUAGUUGCCAGUUCUGGACAAGGUAGUCGACUGACAGGAACAUGUGUUUUUCAUUUCAGUGUUUUUGUCUUCUGCUUCAGUGGUUUCUUGUUUUUAACCAGAGGUAGUUUACAGUAUAACAUGGUGUAGUGUGAACUCUCUGAUAGAUUCUUUCCACUUGCCAAUUGCCAUGACUUUUGGGUCCAUCUUUAUUUGGUUGGUGAUCACAAAAUAAAAAAAAAAAAAAAUAAACUUGGGAGUUUCUGGUGUCUUUGCUAUCUUUCAGCAGUCCCACUUGCCUUUUGUUCAUUUUGAUCUUCAAGUUCGGUUCUCAUUGUUUGUGGCUUCAAUUGUAGAAACGUGGAGAAAAUUUUUUGGGUUUUUGGAGUUGGGUUUCGCCAUCGUUUCUCAAAUAUCGAGGCAGUGUCCAUAGAUUUGCUCCGCUGGAACUUAACCCAGUGAAGGGCUUUGCUGUUCUGUUCUGGAAGUGGGUUACUGCUAAUAUGCACUUAAUUUGGAAACCCAAUUAAAUAUUUGGGGAUUUAAGGGCUGAGGAUUGGUAAUUUGUGAUCAUUACCUCUUUAGGACUCCUCGGGAAGGAAAAAAUCGAGAGAGAAGUUUGCUUGGAGAGACGUGAUUUCUGGAGGAAGAAUAGAAUUUUCGUCAGAAUUCAUUGGUUUUAGAAGUAGGUUUUAAUUGCCACACUUUCCAGAAGCUGCUACGGCAGAAUUUAGAGUCGUCUUGUGAUUCCUGCGCAUUGAAAUUGCUUGGUUUUGGUUUAUGGGAUGUUUGAUGGGAGCUUGACAAUGUCUUUCUAUGCAUUGAAUUACCCAUCUCAUGCGUUCAGUCAUGUAAAUUCUCAUAAAACAUACAAGGGAAGGUUGAAUCCAGUUCUAGCAAUACCACCAUCAUCAACUGUCUUGCACACAGAUGAGAGUGGCAAGUUUCAUGAAUCUAAGAAGAAUUCUGAUUUGAUAAGCAGUGGUUCUUCUGAUUCGUUGCUUAGUCAAGCAAAUACUGUGGGUAUAUUGGGAGGAAUAUCAGCAAAUUCUACUGUGAAUUUCCUGAAAAAAGUAGUCCAGUGGAGUACAAAAGAUGGUCAAGAUUCUCUUCCAUUUGUUCUUUGUUCUGAUCCAGUAUUAAAUGAGAAGCUUUUGUUACAUGAAAGAGAUUCUUUUCACUCUCUUGGCAGGCGAAAUGAACAUUCUGGAUUGGAUCAUACUUCAAUUGUGGAGAAUCUACAGAGGAAGAGGGAGUUUCUUGAGAAAUCUGGGGCUCGCUGCAUUGUAAUGCCUUGUCAUAUUGCACAUGCUUGGCAUGAUGAUAUUUCAAAGGGAUGUUCUGUUCAUUUGCUUCACAUGGGUGAGUGUGUUGCUAAGGAGCUUAAGGAAGCUAAGCUGAAGCCACUAGAAGCUGGGAGUCCUUUGCGGAUUGGGGUGCUGGCAACCCAUGCUACUUUGACUGCAGGGUUCUAUCAAGAGAAACUGCAGAGCGAGGGUUUUGAGGUUGUGCUACCAGAUAGAGCAACUAUGGAACACGCUUUAAUUCCUGCAAUUCAAGCUUUAGACAGAAGGGACAUGGAAGGGGCAAGGAAUCUGCUGAGAAUAGCAGUCCAGGUUCUUCUAGUGAGGGCAGUAAAUACUGUUAUCCUUGCCUCUGACGAUAUGUGUGAUCUUUUGCCAGAUGAUGAUCCUCUUCUCAAGAAAUGUAUUGAUCCAGUCGAUGCGUUGGCCCGUUCAACUAUCAUGUGGGCACAAGCUGCUGGGAAAGGUACAUAGUUGAUACAGAGAAUGCAUCUAUUCUGUUAGUCAUGCUUUUCCAUUGUGUACAAAAAUGCAGUCAUUAUUUGGUAACUUCGAUUUGUCAUUAUUGUCAUGCUUGGGGAAUGCCUUCGCUGAAAGUUGGCCCCUAUAGUUCUGUAUUACUUUUCAAAUGAACAUUGCUAUUAUCGGAUAGAACUGUACUUGAAAACUUACUGGAAAAAAAAUCCUUAAUGGGUCCUAUAGAAAAUCAAAAAAGGAAAUGCUUGUUCUGUGCUUGUUGAUGAAGCCAAA